GUGGCGCGGACUCCGACGAACUAAUACUUAAUAUGCCAAAUAUUAAAAUUUUUGCCGGUAGCUCCAACUCCGACCUCGCUAAAAGAAUUGCUGAUCGCAUAGGAAUCCAAUUAGGUAAAGUAACUCUUAAAAAAUUCAGUAAUCAAGAGACAUGGUAUGCUCUUUUCGUUGAGGUGGGAGAAUCCGUGCGCGGUGAAGACGUCUAUAUUGUCCAAACAGGCAGUGGAGAAGUAAAUGAUCAUUUGAUGGAGCUUUUAAUUAUGAUAAAUGCUUGCAAAAUUGCUUCAUCGUGCCGAGUCACCGCAGUUCUACCCUGUUUCCCAUAUGCAAGACAAGACAAAAAGGAUAAAUCGCGUGCGCCGAUUUCAGCCAAACUUGUUGCUAAUAUGCUGUCAGUAGCUGGCGCAGAUCAUAUAAUUACGAUGGACCUUCAUGCAAGUCAAAUACAGGGAUUUUUCGAUAUUCCUGUUGAUAAUUUGUACGCUGAACCGGCUGUUAUUAAAUGGAUAACAACGAACAUCCCCGGAUGGAAGGAAUGCUGUAUAGUCAGCCCUGAUGCUGGUGGGGCAAAACGUGUGACCUCAAUCGCAGAUCAGCUCAAUGUUGACUUUGCGCUUAUUCACAAAGAGCGCAAGAAAGCUAAUGAAGUGGAUCGCAUGGUGUUAGUCGGCGAUGUGACGAAUCGGGUAGCAAUACUAGUCGAUGACAUGGCUGACACUUGCGGAACAAUCUGUACAGCAGCUGAAAAGUAA